AUGGCCCAAAAUGAGACUACGAAUGAGAGUAAGAAUACGAAGAAGAAGAAGAAGAAGAAUCACAAAAUCGCACUGAAAGCGACGUUGGUUGGCCACAAAGACGCGGUGUGGUGCGUGGCGUUCGAACCGAACCGAAACGAUAUUUUGGCCACGUGCUCGAGCGACAAAACGGUGAAGAUUUGGAAACGAAAUGUUGUAAAGCGCGAUGAUGAUGAUGAUGAUGUAAAGAGUUCGCAUCAAACGUGCGAAUUCCGAUGCGUGUGCACUCUGGACGGCGUCCACGAGCGAACGAUUCGAUCGGUGUCGUGGUCACCGUGCGGGAGGUAUUUGGCGAGCGCGAGCUUUGACGCGACCGUGGCGAUAUAUCAGAGAGCGGAGGAUGAAGAGAACGAGGAGGAGGAUGAGGUAAAAUUUGAGUGCGUCGCCGCCUUGGAAGGCCACGAAAACGAGGUGAAAAGCUGCGCGUGGUCGCCGUCGGGUUCACUUUUAGCCACGUGCGGGAGAGAUAAGUCGGUUUGGAUAUGGGAAUCCGCGCCUGGAAAUCACUUCGAGUGCGUGGCGGUUUUACACGGGCACACUCAGGACGUGAAGAAAGUGAAAUGGCACGAAACCGAGGACGUGUUGUAUAGCGCGAGUUACGACGAUACGGUGAAAACGUGGAAGGAAGAUUUAGAUGGGGACGAUUGGAGUUGCAGCGGGACGACGAAAGCGCACGAAAGCACGGUUUGGGAUUUAACUCAGGAGAAAGUGAAAGAGGGGGGGAGAUUUGCGACCGUGAGUGACGACGGGUGGGUGAAGAUUUGGAAAGCGGGUGGCGCGCAAAGGACGGAGAUUAGUGGUAGUAGCAGUAGUAGCGGUAAAAAAGAUGACGCGGCACCUUUGGAGUGCAGUUUUAGGAGUGGACACGACCGACCGAUAUUAUGCGUGGACUGGUUAGGCGAUGCCAACAGGAAGAAUAGCGAGAGUGGUAAUAAGAAGCAACCGGCAACGUUAGCCGCCGGGGGAGGCGACAACUCGGUGAGAGUCUAUCGCGAAAAGGAAACGGGCGUUUGGGAAGAAGCCGCUGCGGUCGUGAACGCGCACGAAGACGACGUGAACGACAUCGCGUGGUUUUCAAUGGCGAGUGAGAAAGAAGAAACCGAGCAAUCGACGAAUUAUUUCGCCAGCGCCUCGGACGACGGCACCGUGAAAAUUUGGACGUUUUGUUCUUCAAACGUCGACGAGUAA